CGUGCUUCGGCUUCAAAAAGGUGGCCAGUCGCCCCCACCGCGCAACAAAAAGUCUCCGCUAUCCUCUUCCCCUCCUCUGCUCUCUCUCGAUCUUCCCCUCCCUGUCUCCCUCCUCGGCGCUCCGCCGGCUUCUUGCUCCCCCGCGUUCGCCGCGCGCGCUAGCGCGACCGAUGGCGUCCGGCGACAGCAAGCCGAGGAGCGAGGAGGAGUGGCGCGCCGUCCUCAACCCCGAGCAGUUCCGCAUCCUCCGCCUCAAGGGCACCGAGUUGCCGGGAACAGGCGAGUACAACAAGUUCUACGGUGAUGGGGCGUACAAGUGCGCUGGCUGCGGAACGCCCCUGUACAAAUCCACCACCAAAUUUGACUCUGGCUGUGGCUGGCCGGCCUUCUUUGAAGGACUUCCUGGAGCCAUACACAGGACGCCUGACCCUGAUGGUAGGAGGGUAGAGAUCACAUGUGCAUCUUGCGGCGGGCAUUUGGGCCAUGUCUUCAAGGGAGAAGGCUUCAAGACGCCUACCGAUGAGCGCCACUGCGUCAACAGCGUUUCCAUCAAGUUUACUCCUGCCUCCUCCUGAAUCCAGUUCUUGAGUCAUUUGGAUGAACUUCUCAGGUCGUAAAACCGUGAAAACAAUAAUGAUUAGGUCCCAGAGCCCGUUUUCUCGAAGUUAUGUGGAUGAAUUUCCCCGAUCCGAAGUUGCGGAAAGUCGGUAAAUAAAACAUGGAUAGGAUCUUGCAAGUUUCUGCUGUUAACCAGGCUGUAAUCCUGUACUCCUAAUCUGUUCGGUCUGAAAGUUUUCUGCGUCAUGUUUUGGAACUAUAUAUACGUAUUAUAUACACCAUCCUAUUUUUGGAACUA